AUGUCUUGGGAACGUAGAAUAAAUCCGGGUAUUAACCCCUAUGCAGGUAGACCACGGCGCAUUCGCAGACAUCAAAGAGGCGGAGGGUUGCCAGCCGCCCCUAUUGUUUCAAACCCUGGCGAUUUAUUACAGCGUGCCGUUACAAAUGCUGUAGUGGCAGGGCAAAAAUUUGGCGCACGACAGAUAAAAAAAGCAAAACGUGUAAAAGCAAGAACAAGACGUAUUAAUACAAGAGCAAUAAUGCGAAAACAAACAAGUGCACGUCGAGUACAAGAAGGUGGUCGUUUACACCCAGGAGGAGGACGAAAACCUAUUAAUCAUAUGCCUGUAGUCUAUCAAUAUCAUCAAUAA